CUUGCAUCUUAACCUGUGCUUCCCCUUUUCACCGCCUAGUAUCCAUGAUUUCGCAAUCGAAUCAAGCGACGCUCACUGCUGGGCAUACGUUCAGAGAUAAACACCUUGCUUUAUAUGGUGCAUGCGUCCCUGCAUACGGUUCUGUGACUCCAAACAUCCUGGGCCUGAUAGUGACCCCGUCCAUCCCGACCCCGACAUCCAUACAAUCUCCGGGGCGGCAUUACACGCCGCUGUACCAACAGAAAUUAACGGCAAAACCUACUGCCUACCCUUUACGCCUUCGGGUACCUGGAAGGCGAGGGUCUCUACAUUGAUCAAAGAGAAUUGAACGACUUAUCACCAUAACUCGCCUAGGAAGCCGGUUUCAGGCUCCUGAUGACAUGCGCUUGGUUUCCCAAACUCGGCGACGGGAUGGAUGUCAAAAGACGAACCACGGACCGCCGCCACCAUCUAGAAUGUCUAGUCAAUAAUUAUA